AUGUCAUCGAGACGCUCGCGCCGGAGGACCUCGAGCUUUUACAAGUACAUCUAUCCAAUGAUGCGACAAUGCUUCAGAGUUCACGGCGAAGCUGGCAAAGCUUUGUCGUGGAUAAGCGACGUUGCGGCUUUGUAUGUUGAGGCCAAGUCACACCAGCAAGAAGAUGCCAUGGAGGACAUCGGAGGCGAGUUCGAUACCUAUCUUAGCCAACUCGGAUUUUUGUCAGUGGCAAAUCAAGCAGCAGACACCAACGUGGGAACGGACAACAUGCCUGUAUUUGCCGAAGAAGCUCAGGUGACGGAUCGGAUGUCUGGCAGCCGGAAUUGGUUUGGAUUGUUGGAUUAUGAUGUAUCACAAAUAGGCGAGCAUGAUCAGCAACCGAUGUGA